GCGUUGACGUCACUUCCGAUUGAGGAAAGGUUUGAUCUGUGCGGCAGCCUCGCUUAGCUCUUUCUUUUAGCCGCCAUCAUGGGCCGUAUGCACGCUCCAGGGAAGGGUCUAUCCCAGUCAGCCUUGCCCUAUAGGCGAAGUGUGCCUACAUGGCUCAAACUUACUUCUGAUGAUGUCAAAGAGCAGAUCUACAAGCUGGCGAAGAAGGGCCUAACUCCCUCACAAAUUGGUGUGAUCCUCAGGGAUUCCCAUGGUGUUGCCCAGGUUCGUUUUGUGACAGGCAACAAAAUUCUAAGGAUUCUUAAAUCCAAGGGACUUGCCCCUGAUCUUCCUGAAGACCUUUACCACUUAAUCAAGAAGGCUGUGGCUGUCCGUAAGCAUCUUGAGAGGAACCGGAAGGAUAAAGAUGCCAAAUUCCGCCUCAUUUUGAUUGAGAGCAGAAUCCAUAGGCUGGCUCGUUACUACAAGACCAAGAGAGUACUCCCACCUAAUUGGAAGUACGAAUCAUCCACAGCAUCUGCUUUGGUUGCAUAAGAGCUCUUCUAUUCGCCAAGGGAUCAAAUCAUUCACAGCUUGUGUCCCUGCAAUGCCUGAUUCAGAGAAGGAUGUCAUAGAGAUGUCUUGUUUAAAAUUGGUGGAAUAAGAUGUUAUCUUGACCAUGCCAAUAAAUACUUGGUUUUUUUCA